AUGGAGGCGGUGCAGGAGGAGCGGGGGAGCGGACGAAGGCACCGGGACGAGGACGCGGCGGCGGAGCAGGAGCAUCUCCGCCCAGAGGCCGCGUCCCCCGCCCGCCGCCGUCCCGGCUUCUCUGGUGGCAGCUCGUCCCCGCCGGCCGGAGAGUCGGGCCGCCGGAGCCACCGCGGGAGCCGAGCCCGAGGAGUUAGCCGGUCCCCAGCCAAAAAGAAAAACCAGUCCUCAGGAAGAAGCAGCAAGUCUCCUCGGAGUGAGAGAAGCCGAAGUCCUCAUCACUCGACAGGCAAAGUGAAGCCAGAAGGUGAGGAUCGUCCCCGGAGAGGACGGGAGGGUCGGCAGCACCGGGAGCCUCCAGAGCAGGAACGCAGGAGAUGGAGGAACAGCGACCGAGGCAGACGCCGGAGCUGUCCCCACCCAAGGGGAGCCUCUAAGGAGAGGCCUGGGAGUGGCCAGGCUCAGGGACCGGAUCUGGACAUUCAGAAGCUUCAGGGUCGAGAAGAAGAGCGGGAGUUUUAUAAUGCCAGGCGCCGGGAGCAUCGCCAGAAUGAAGGUAGGGGAGGUGGUAGUAAGCCUCAGGAGGUUCCUCGGCCUGGUGGCCACCACAAAGAAAAAGAGGUGCCUGUUAAAGAAAAACCAAGUUUUGGACUCUCUGGGGCCCUUCUUGAGGAUACCAACACCUUCCGAGGUGUAGUCAUUAAAUAUAGUGAGCCCCCAGAAGCACGUAUCCCCAAAAAACGGUGGCGUCUCUAUCCAUUUAAAAACCAUGAGGUCCUUCCAGUCAUGUACAUACAUCGACAAAGCGCGUACCUCCUGGGUCGACACCGCCGCAUUGCGGACAUUCUGACUGAUCAUCCGUCUUGUUCAAAGCAGCAUGCGGUCUUUCAGUAUCGGCUGGUGGAAUAUACUCGUGCUGAUGGCACAGUUGGUCGAAGAGUGAAGCCCUACAUCAUUGACCUCGGCUCAGGCAAUGGCACCUUCUUAAACAACAAACGUAUUGAGCCACAGAGAUACUAUGAACUUAAAAAAAAGGAUGUACUCAAGUUUGGGUUCAGUAGCAGAGAAUAUGUCUUGCUGCGUGAGUCGUCAGAUACUUCUGAAAUAGACAGAAAAGACGAUGAGGAUGAGGAGGAGGAGGAAGUGUCUGACAGCUAG